UAAGUGUAUCACACAAACACAGAACAGAGCAAGCGCCCCCGCAUCAAAAACAGAGCGCCAAAACAAUCAUCUCUAUCCACACUUCUCUCAUGGCCUCCACCGAGUCAACUCACCUCCAACUCGCUGCUCUCCUCGGUCCUGAUUUCACGCACUUCGAUGCGCUCCUUUCUCACCUCAUGUCCGCCGACAACGAUCGCCGCUCCCAGGCCGAGUCGCUCUUCAAUCUCGCCAAACAAACUCACCCUGACUCGCUCUCUCUCAGACUCGCUCACGUUCUAUCGGCCUCGUCGAGUGUUGAGUUUCGCGCGUUAUCGGCUGUGCUUCUGCGUAAGAUUCUCACACAAACUGAUGAUGAUGACUCGUUUUUGUUUUAUAAUUUGACGAGUGAGACUCAGAAUAAUAUUAAGGCGUCUUUGAUUGUGUGUUUAAGUCGUGAAUGUGAGAAAUCGGUUAUUAAGAAGGUUUCGGAUACGGUUUCGGAGCUUGCUUCCGUGAUUUUAGCGGAUGAUAAGUGGCCGGAGCUGUUGCCGUUUGUGUUUCAGUGUGUGAGUUCCGAGAAUUCGAGUCUUCGAGAGGUUGGAUUUUGGAUUUUUGGACAAUUGGCUCAGUUUGUUGGUGAAACCCUAGGGAAUUAUUUCGAGAUGUUGCAUUCGGUUUUCUUAAGGAGUUUAGGGAGUGGUGUGGAUUUGAGUGUGAGGAAUGCGGCGUUAGGUGCUUCGGUUAGUUUGAUUCAGUGUUUAGAGAAGGAGAGUGAGAGGGAUAGGUUUCGGGAUUUGGUGCCGUUGAUGAUGGGUACGUUGAAUGAUGGUUUGGGUUUAGGGGAAGAGGCGAAUGCGCAGGAGGCAUUGGAGAUGUUGAUUGAGCUAGCGGGGAUGGAACCAAGGUUUUUUAGGAGGCAGAUUGUUGAUGUGGUUGGUUCAAUGUUGAAGAUUGCGGGGGCAGGGAGUUUGGAGGAAGGAACCAGACAUUUGGCCGUGGAGUUUGUGAUUACGUUGGCUGAGGCGAGGGAGAGAGCGCCUGGGAUGAUGAGGAAGUUGCCGCAGUUUAUUAGGGGAUUGUUUGAGAUAUUGAUGCAGAUGUUAUUAGAUAUAGAGGAUGAUUCUGCAUGGCAUUCUGCUGUGACUGAGCAUGAAGAUGCUGGUGAGACCACAAAUUAUAGUGUUGGACAAGAGUGUUUGGAUAGGCUAGCCAUGGCGUUGGGUGGGAAUACUAUUGUUCCUGUCGCUUCCGAGGUGUUUCCAGUCUAUUUGGCAGCUCCAGAGUGGCAGAAACAUCAUGCAGCACUCAUUGCGCUUGCUCAAAUUGCUGAGGGUUGCUCCAAGAUAAUGACUAAGAAUCUGGAACCAGUUGUUUCUAUGGUAUUGAACUCAUUCCAUGAUCCCCAUCCCCGUGUUCGAUGGGCAGCUGUUAAUGCAAUUGGCCAACUUUCAACGGACUUGGGUCCUGACUUGCAAACCAAAUAUCACCAUUUAGUUCUGCCAGCAUUAGGUGCAGCAAUGGAUGAUUUUCAAAAUCCUCGAGUUCAGGCCCAUUCUGCUUCUGCAGUGCUAAAUUUUAGUGAAAGCUGUACGCCUGAGAUCCUGGCACCUUACUUGGAUGGGAUUGUGGGCAAAUUGCUCGUACUCUUACAGCAUGGCAAGCAAAUGGUGCAAGAGGGAGCUUUGACAGCUUUAGCAUCAAUUGCUGAUAUUUCACAGGAGCAUUUCCAGAAGUACUAUGAUGCUGUUAUGCCUUACUUAAAAGCUAUUUUGAUGAACGCAACUGAUAAGGCUAAUCGCAUGCUUCGUGCUAGAUCCAUGGAGUGCAUUAGUUUAAUUGGAAUGGCUGUUGGAAAAGACAAGUUUAGGGAUGAUGCGAAGCAGGUAAUGGAGGUCCUAAUGUCACUUCAAGGAUCUCAGAUGGAGACAGAUGAUCCAACAACUAGCUAUAUGUUGCAAGCUUGGGCCAGAUUAUGCAAGUGCCUUGGGCAGGAUUUCCUCCCUUACAUGAAUGUUGUGAUGCCUCCUCUGCUUCACUCUGCCCAGCUAAAACCUGAUGUUACUAUUACAUCUGCUGAUUCAGACGCUGAGAUAGAAGAAUCUGAUGAUGAAAGCAUCGAGACUAUAACACUUGGAGAUAAAAGAAUAGGGAUCAAGACAAGUGUCUUAGAGGAGAAAGCGACAGCUUGUAACAUGAUCUGUUGCUAUGUUGAUGAGUUAAAGGAAGGAUUUUUCCCAUGGAUUGACCAGGUUGCCCCAACAUUAGUCCCACUUCUAAAGUUUUACUUCCAUGAAGACGUUAGAAAGGCUGCUGUUUCAGCUAUGCCGGACCUUUUGCGAUCAGCUAAAUUGGCUGUAGAAAAAGGACAAUCUCAAGGUCGAGAUGAGUCCUACGUCAAGCAGUUAUUAGAUUACAUCAUACCAGCUCUAGUGGAGGCUUUACACAAGGAACCAGAGACAGAAAUUUGUGCUAGCAUUUUGGAUUCUCUGAAUGAGUGUGCAAAGAUUUGUGGUCUGCUUCUAGAUGAAAACCAAGUAAAGCUUAUAGUGGAAGAGAUAAAAACGGUAAUUGCUGCUAGCUCUGCUAGAAAAGGAGCAAGAGCUGAGAGAUCUAAAGCAGAGGACUUUGAUGAAGAAGAAAGGGAACUGCUGAAGGAAGAAAAUGAGCAAGAAGAAGACCUCUUUAAUGAAGUUGGUGAUCUUCUUGGCACUUUAAUCAAAUUGUUCAAAGUUUCCUUCUUGCCUUUCUUUGAGGACUUGUCACCACAUCUGAAUCCUAUGUUGGGUAAGGAUAAAACUUCCGAGGAAAGAAGGGUUGCUAUCUGUAUAUUUGACGAUAUUGCUGAGGAAUGUCGAGAAGCAGCUUUCAAAUAUUAUAAUCAUUAUCUUCCCUUUCUGUUGGAAGCAUGCAAUGACAAAAGCCCAGAUGUUCGACAGGCUGCUGUGUAUGGGGUAGGAGUAUGUGCAGAGUUUGGUGGAUCUGCGUUCAGCAAUUAUGUUGGCGAGGCUCUUUCUAGAUUGGAUGUUGUAAUAGGACACCCCAAUAAGUUGGAUUCAGACAAUAUCAUGGCAUAUGACAAUGCUGUUUCAGCACUUGGAAAAAUUUGUAGAUUUCAGCGUGAUAAGUUAAAUGCAGCCCAGAUUGUUCCUUCCUGGUUAAGCUGCUUGCCUUUAAGAGGUGACUUGAUUGAGGCCAAACUUGUACAUGAUCAGCUCUGCUCAAUGGUAGAAAGGUCUGAUAUGGAACUUUUAGGGCCUAAUAAUCAAUAUGUUCCAAAAAUAGUGAUGGUCUUUGCAGAGGUCCUCUGUUCUGGAGGAGAUUUGGCAUCAGAGCAAACGUACAGUCGAAUGAUCACUUUACUGAAGCAGCUCAAUCAGACAUUACCUCCCGAUGCCCUUGCAUCAACCUGGUCAUCUCUGCAACCUCAGCAGCAGCUUACUCUGCAAUCUAUACUAUCCUCUUAGUUUCUUGGCGCCAGAGUGACUGUCUUGGCUCCUCUUUGUGGGAAGUUUUGUCUUCAGUUGUGUAUGAUGUGUGUACCUUUCAUUACAAGUUCUUCUGCAUGCUUAUACAUAGUGUGCCGACAUUUUUUUACAACAGAGGCUCUCAAAAAGAAAGAAAAUUAGAUAUAGUGUGCAUAUUACAAUCAUUCUUUUCAUUGGCAUUUUGUUUAUUGGGAAGAGAAGGAAAAGCUGAAGUUGGUUUGUCAAUAUUGGUUUGUAAAAUUUUUAUUUUGCAUUAAUGAGUGUACUUUAAGGUUUGAGAUUUUCAGAAGCAAAUUUUGCAGCAGGUAUUGUCUGCAAUUUUCCGCUCUUGAAUGCUACAAGUACUUUUCUUCAUUUUUUAAGGAACAUAUGGAGUAUUGUACACUUUAUGUAGUGUUCUUGGGUUCA